AUGUCAGAAAUCGUCAACAACCUCCUCGCCAAGCUCACCGACCUUCUGGGCGACGAGUGCCAGAAGCUCGAAGGGGUGGAGCAUCAUGUGCGGUUCCUCGAGGAGGAGCUCAGCACCAUGAAAGCCUUCCUGGAGGAGCUGGGGCUGAGGGAUGAACUAGAUCCCUUGACCAAGGACUGGCGGGACCAUGUCAGGGACAUGGCCUACGACAUGGAAGAUUGCCUCGAUGACUUCCUUCUCAAUCUUGGAAGUGCCAGUGAAAACGCUGGUUUUAUCGAGCGGACCACUCAACUUGUCAAGACCCUGUGGGCGCGUCACCAGUUUACAAGCCAGAUUCAGGAGCUCAAGGAUCGUGCCAUAAAGGCGAAUCAUCGACGCAAAAGGUACAAGCUUGAUGAUAGCAGUAGCUCUAGCUCUACCCUUGUGCUCGUCGAUCCUCGGGUGUCGGCACUCUACAGAAAGGCGGCCUCCCUUGUGGGUAUUGAUGGUCCAAGGGAAGAGCUUGUCAGUUGGCUAGCAGAUAGAGAGGAAAAACUCAAGGUGGUGUCGGUUGUGGGAUUCGGAGGUCUUGGUAAAACUACACUUGCCAAACAGGUGUAUGAUAAGAUCGGCGAACAAUUCAACUGUAAGGCAUUUGUGUCGGUUUCCCAAAGACCCGACAUGGCAGUGCUCUUGAUUGGGCUACAAUCUAAGCUUGGGGGAAACACUUGUGGCACUCACGAGGUGCAAGAUAUCGUCAGUGAGCUUCAAGAGUAUCUCAGAGACAAGAGGUACUUUAUUGUAGUCGAUGACUUGUGGGAUCGACGAAGAUGGGAUAUCAUUAGUUGUGCUUUUCCAGAUAGUGGCAAUGGGAGUAGAAUAAUAGUAACUACACGAGUGGAAGAUGUGGCUCGACAGGCAUGUCACAAUCGCCAGCAGUGCAUUUACAAAAUGAAGCCUCUCAACGACCAAGACUCAAAAAGGUUAUUCUUUAGUAGAGUGUUUGCGCCUCAGUAUGCCGAUGCAUCCCAAUAUGAAGAAAUUUCAACUCAAAUUUUGAAGAAGUGCGGUGGACUGCCACUCGCUGUUAUUACAAUAGCCGGCAUAUUAGCUAGUCGUCCAGGAAUAUUAAGGCAGGAUUGGGAGAGCAUAAGGAGUUACUUGGGAGUUCAAUCUGCCACAGACCUCAGCAUGGAAGGAAUGAGGCGUAUAUUAAACCUUAGUUACAUGCAUCUUCCUGCUCAUCUUCGGGUAUGUUCCUUACAUCUUGGUAUGCAUCCAGAGGACCACGAGAUCAUGAGGGAUGAUCUCGUUCGACAAUGGAUAGCCGAAAGCCUUGUGCGUGGUUUACCUGGGCAAGAUUUGGAGGAUGUUGGAAGGAGUUAUUUCAAUGAGCUUAUCAAUAGAAGCUUGAUUCAGCCUCAUUGGACAGUUGCUGGGGAUGUGCUUUCUUGCAGAGUGCAUGAUAUGAUUCGUGAUGUUAUUAUCAGCAAAUGUGAAGAAGAAAAUUUCAUGAGUGUGGUAUAUAGUUUUGAAGACAUGGAAAGACUGCAUAAAUCCAAGCUCAAGGUUCGCCGUUUGUUCCUGAGCUCGAGUUCUAAUUAUGCAACAGAUGGUGCAAUAUCAAGGACCACUGCUGCUAGUCUGUCAAAGGUUAGAUCGAUUGUAUCAUUCGGAGAGUCCAAGUGUUUGUUACCUAGAUAUCUCCAGGUGCUGUUCGUUGAAAACAGUAGGAUCACAGUCGAUCUCAGUGAUAUCAACCGAUUGUUUCAUCUGCGGUAUUUGAAGGUUACAGCACGAGACAUAAAGCUUCCGUCUGAAUUGAAAAGGCUAGUGCAUUUGGAGACACUGGAACUGGAUGGUGGUUCGAUUCCAUCAGAUGUAGUUCAGUUGCCCCGUUUAUUCCAUCUGACUGCUUGGGGUCACAGGCUGCCUGAAGGGAUCGAGAACUUGAAAUUAUUGCGAACUCUGAAAGGGUUUGAGUUGACACAUUGCUCGUGGGAGGAUAUCGAAGGCCUAGGCAAGCUAUCCAAUUUGCGGGAGCUCUGUAUCUUCAUUAAAAAUGAAAUAAUUGAUGAUGAUCUGGUCUCCUCCAUUGAAAAGCUUCGUAACCUGAGACAUCUCAGGUUUCGUGUGCCGGAGUUUGUUGACAGUGACAGUCUGUUAUCAUUAUCUAAUGCACCCCUCUAUAUCGAGACACUUCGAAUGUGCGAUAUCGUGACCUUCAGAAUUCCAAGGUGGAUUGGUGAUCUCCAUUAUCUCCGUCGUCUGGAGCUGGCUGUUAGGGAGACAUCGACAGAUGACAUUCGUCUUCUUGGAGAGCUGCGCUCCCUAGUGGAGCUCGAUUUCACUUUGUUGAAUUUCGCUGCAAAUGGAGUUAUCAUAAUCCUUACAGGAUUAUUUCCAGCUCUGGAGUACUUUGAGUCAAAAUUAUAUGAGGAACCAGAUUAUCAGUUAAACUCUGCGGAAGACGAUGUUAUGGCACACCUGCACUUUGAGGUCGGGGCAAUGCCCAAGCUACAAAGGCUCGAGCUGCAUUCAUGGGAGGUGCACUGGGGCGGCACUACCCCAGUCGGCAUGGAGGACCUGUUAGCUCUCCAGCAAAUUGUGGUAUCAUUCGUCUACAGCAGUGACGUGAAUGAAGUGAAGCGUCGUGCCGAGUCUGCGUUCAGGGACUCCUUGCAAGCGCACCCAAACCGUCCUUCUGUUCGCAUCUUUUAG